AUGGACCCGGAUUUUGUGGAAGGACGACGAAUUGGUUUAGAAAAUUUCCUCUUGAGACUUGCUUCACAUCCCAUCCUUUGUAGAGACAAAAUCUUCUAUUUGUUUUUAACACAGGAAGGCAACUGGAAAGAGACAGUAAAUGAAACUGGAUUUCAGCUGAAGGCAGACUCCAGGUUAAAAGCGCUUAAUGCAACAUUCAGAGUGAAAAACCCAGACAAGAGAUUUAUUGAACUAAAACACUAUAGUGAUGAACUCCAAUCUGUCAUCUCACAUCUCCUUCGAGUCAGAGCUAGAGUAGCAGAUCGACUAUAUGGUGUGUAUAAAGUACAUGGGAAUUACGGGCGAGUUUUCAGUGAGUGGAGUGCCAUAGAAAAAGAAAUGGGUGAUGGACUGCAGAGUGCUGGUCAUCAUAUGGAUGUGUAA